CUUCGUCGUAGGCUGUUGCCAUGUUCCCAUUUUCAUGGGUGUGGUGAUUAGAUUGCUUGGUGAAAUUGUUUUCUGGUCAAUUCUUCCUUGACUUGUGUGAGCGACAGAUCCAGGUCUGUUUUUGCGCUAGAUAUUACAGCUAUCGCUAUAUCUCGUAUUAAAAACUGCGCCAUUAUGAACAUCUGAGAAGCGGUUCGAUAAAGGGAUCGGAACGACGGAGCGCGUGAGCGUGAUUCAGGUGUCAGCUGGCAUAAGUGCGCGCUGGUUGUGAGAAAAGUUUGCGAGAGUGUGUGUGUGUGCGCAUGUGUGUGUAUGAGUGUGUUCUUUUUCUUCCUGAGCCAAGCCAGAAUUCCCUAGCAGAGUGACGCCUGAACACAUCACUGAGGCAACAUGAGCGAGCUGGAACAGUUACGGCAGGAAGCCGAGCAACUACGCAAUCAGAUCCGGGAUGCAAGGAAAGCCUGCAGUGACUCGACCUUGUCACAGAUCACAGCUGGUCUAGACUCGGUGGGCCGGAUACAGAUGAGGACCCGUCGAACGCUCAGGGGCCACCUGGCUAAGAUCUAUGCAAUGCACUGGGGAAGCGACUCCAGUGACGGAAGCCCCAGGUUACUGGUAAGUGCAUCCCAGGAUGGAAAGCUCAUCAUUUGGGACAGCUACACAACAAACAAGAUGCACGCCAUCCCGCUGCGUUCUUCCUGGGUGAUGACGUGCGCUUACGCCCCCUCGGGAAACUAUGUUGCGUGCGGAGGGCUGGACAACAUCUGCUCCAUCUACAGCCUGAAGACCCGGGAGGGCAACGUGCGGGUCACCCGAGAGCUGCCCGGACACACAGGGUACCUGUCCUGCUGCCGUUUCCUGGACGACAACCAGAUUGUGACCAGCUCUGGAGACACCACCUGUGCAUUGUGGGACAUCGAGACGGGCCAGCAGGCGACCGUCUUCACGGGCCACACGGGGGACGUGAUGAGCCUGUCCCUGAGCCCCGACUUCAGGACCUUCGUGUCGGGGGCGUGCGACGCGUCCUCCAAGCUGUGGGACGUCCGGGACGGCAUGUGCAGGCAGUCCUUCACCGGCCACGUGUCCGACAUCAACGCCGUCUGCUUCUUCCCCAACGGGAACGCCUUCUGCACGGGGUCGGACGACGCCACCUGCCGGCUGUUUGACCUGCGCGCCGACCAGGAGCUGAUGAUGUACAGCCACGACAACAUCAUCUGCGGCAUCACCUCCGUGGCCUUCUCCAAGAGCGGCCGCCUGCUGCUCGCCGGCUACGACGACUUCAACUGCAACGUGUGGGACACGCUGAAGGCGGAGCGCGCAGGUGUGUUGGCCGGACACGACAACAGGGUGAGCUGUUUAGGUGUGACCGACGACGGCAUGGCGGUGGCCACCGGCUCCUGGGACAGUUUCCUCCGAAUCUGGAACUGAGACCGGAAACAAAGAAGAAAACACACAUCCAUUCUCUCUUCCUCGCCUGUAAAUCGCUCCAUCCCGACCCCCCCCCCCCCCCCCCCCCCCCCACCACCCCUGCCCUGUCCUCGCACCCCCCCCCCCACCCACCCCCCUCAGAGGUGAACACUGUGUGAAGUCUAGUUGUCCCACUUAAACCCCCCCCCACCCUCCACCCUCUGAAGCACCCCUCUCAGCCUGUGCGCUCCUGCCCACAAACUCUUUCCACCUUUUCCAAUUGACUUCUCUUUUGUGUGUUUUUUUUUCUUUUUUUAAACCACACUUAAAAACACCCUCACAAUUUCAGUAGUGGCCCAGCGAGCGAGAGAGAGAGAGAGAGAGAGAGAGAGAGGGAGAGAGAGAGAGAGACAGAGAAGGAGAGAGAGAGGAGGGUGAAACGUAGAAAAGUAGAAAGGGUUGCAGAAAGAUGUGGGGCAAAAAGUGAAUGGUUUACGAUGAGCUGUGUUACCGUGGUUACCGUCAGACUAGAGGGCAGUGUGUGUGUGUGCGUCCAAUGUAAAUAUAUAUAUAUAAAUACAGUAUAUAUAUGUAUCUCAUUAUGUGUGUGUAUAUAUGCAUCAUAUAUGCACAUAUAAUGUGUAUGUAUAUGAUUUUGUAGUUUAUUUCCAGCCCUAUCAAGUUUUGUUUUGUUGUUUUUGUGCGGGAAGGGGAGUCGCUUCACAGUUUUUCUUUUUCAAUGUAAAUAUUAUUCCCAGUACCACACCUGAUCAUACCAAACCUGUCUUUAAUGGUGGCUGUGUUUGUUUAACGCCUCUAAUGGGGACCAGUCGCUCGGGGCCUGGUACAUUAAAGCACCAUGGGUCUAUACGAAAAGUAUUUCAGAAAGAUGUUGUAAAUCUGACACUUUGGGACUUUCCGAAAGCGUGUUUCUCAGAAGAGCGCCUGGCGAGCUAUGGCUUAAACAAAGCAGGAACAAUUAGAAUCCGGUUUGUAGAACUUCUUUGAAUUUAAGUGUUUUAUUUUUGUUAUUAUUUCCAUACACUAUUGUGUACAUGUUCAUGCAUGCAUGUGUCCGUGUGCGUAUGUGUGUGUGUAUGUGUGUAUGUGUGCGUGCGUGUGACGGUAACCGGUACUGGUCCUACACACACACACCCUUUAACUAAAAAGUAUUGUUAUGAUGGAUGAUAGCUGUGAUUGUAAUGCUUUUCUUUUUUUUUAUUUACAUAACUGACCGACGUUUUAGGACAGGUGUCGGUUUUCCUUUUCCCGACAGCGUGGAAACGCAACUCUCCAGAGCCAACAGCCGCCGUUUAUCUUAUGAGUAAUCGUUUUCUAGUCGGGUACAACAAAAGUACAACAAAAAGUAGUGAAGCUGGUCGACUUGUAGGCUGCAGUCUGUGGAGUACUCCUGUAUUUUAGCAACGGUACUAUAAUGGCGCUGAAUAUCGGGCCUCAAAUCAUAGACACAGGGAUUUCCAAAUGUUCUAGUGGCCUUUCGGUCACCCACUGCUCAACAGGACUGGGUGACUCCCCGGAUUGCUCUAGAAAAAGGGGCGGUACUUGUUGUCCAGGCCCACACACACGGGCCCUUUAAGAUACAAGAGCCAAUCAGGUCUCACAAGGGUCUGGGUUUCUUCCAACAUGUCGACCAUAGGAGGGGCAGGGGUGGAAGGGUUGGUAAAAAAAAAAAAAUGAAAAAAGCAAUGCUGUCUUUUUGCCGCGAUGUGUUAUGUACUUUUCAAUCAGUUUGAACAGCUUUAAGGCAAGAGGUUUAUCAUUCAUGACGAUGUCGAAGUUGACUUCUGCUUCUUGUCAGGGCGAGAAAAGAGGGCGGAGAUUCAAACUGACAGCAAGGUGGACUUAUGUAUUUUCUUUCACGUGAAGGAUGGGCAACAAAAAAAACAACCAUUUUCCUUCACAACGUCUGAGCCUACACUCGAUUCCGAAACCACAAUAGUGCUACCACACGUGUGUAAAAAAAUGAAUUAAAAAAAAAACAUAACAAAAAAAGAACACUUAUUUUGUGAUCUGUAUUUAACAUGAAAUUAUCAUUUGUCUUUCAACAAGAACAUGCAAUGAACAGAAAGGUAUUUCUAAGAGGAAAAAAAACACUCUGUAGACCGAAAUGGACACCUGAUAGCUAGUUAUACUUAGACUUUAGUACCAAUGUAAAGAAUCAAGCACGUGAUGUAUUUACUGGGACAAGUGGUAUCUGAUGAUUAAUUUUUUUUUAUAUGUAUCUCUGCCAUUUCAUUUUUUGUUCGUUUUUUUGGUUUCCGUUGAAAGAUUUUGGAUGUUUUAUUUCCCAGAUUUCACAGAUGGACAUUCAUUCGACCUGCCCGUUGGCUAUUUCCGGUGCCUGUACUUGCCAUGUGUGUGACUGCUGAGGAGAAUUUGUGCUUUAGAGAUUGGCCCCAAAUUGUGUCUCCAUUCUGCCUUACGAUAGCUCGAAGUGAAAAAAAAGAAAUCCCCAAGACCAAACCCCAACGCUUGCAUCGAGUACAGCAGAGUGUUAUUCCCAGCCACGAGAGCUUAGUUCUCGCAGGGGGUCAAAGGGGCAGAUGGGCCAAGAGUCCAAAGAACGAUCAUUUUCCUUCAGCAAGCACAUAACGCUGCCUAUACUAGUGAACACUAAACACCCAUGCUUCAAAUCACCACCACAUGCUUUGAAUGCUGUAUUAUCACUUUUUAAUAUUUAAAAUCUUGUACUACCAUCCGUGUCGCAGUACUUUGUUAGUGUUCAAUCAAGUAUCGGUGGAUCUCCCCUGAAAUACUGUAAUUUUAUUUUAUUUUACCUUUUGGUUUUUAGGUUCAUUUAUAACUGGGUUUUUUUACAAGAGAAUGCAUUAUGAGAUGGUAUGUUUUACUUUUUUUUUUUAAGCCUGAGAACUUCCUAUUGUUGCCUAGGAUGUGUUGCCCAUCAGUGUUGAUGGGGUGAGGGAGGGCGGGACUAAUCCAUACGGAUAACAUAGAAUCGUUAGUUCCUCAUGUGUGCCAACGUUCGCCAUGGAGCUGUGAACGACCCAAGACACAAACGACUUGCUUUUUGUUCAUUUGUAUAAUCCAUUAUGUCAAAAGUGCCAGCUUUCCCAAUAUGUAUCAACAUCAUUUUUCUGCACCCAAUCAGAUGCUUGACGCAAAUAUAGAUUUGCCUAUCACCAAUGUUAGAAUUUUUCUCUUUGUGCAUCCUAAUGGUUCCACAGUACUAUUAUUCAUUUGAAAAGUGUUCUGCCAAGAAUGCAUACACACCACUGCGAUGCCAUUUGUUGGGAGUGAAUAAAGCCACCGUACACAGAUGUUGGUUUGAUGGUGAGCCGUGUCUGAUCCAAACUACACCUUAGCCCUUAACCACUGGACAGAAGAGUUGACUGUCACCACUGAAUCAGAUAUUUAGUGGACAGCAUCUCGUUUUAGUUUUUUUUGCUGUGCAUAAUUCAACAGUAUUAGCAGUUGGGACUUCAAUUGUCUCACA